AUGCGCUCCCAGACCUUCGCUUUAAUCGUGUUCGGAAUAUUGGCCGUCGCCCUGUCUUCGCCGGUGCCAGGCUACCACAGUUCACACCACCACGUACGCAUCCACGUGCCUUAUCACGUGCACACGGUCCAUCAUCAUCAUGUGAAGAAGAUACCUGUGCACCACGUCGAGAAGGUGCACGUCCCCGUCCCAAUUCCCGUCCAUCACGUGCAAAAGGUGGCCGUGCCCGUGCCAGUCCAUCACGUCGAAAAAGUACACGUACCUGUUCCAGUUGUCGAAAAGGUGCACGUGCCUGUACCUGUUCACGCGGAGAAGGGGUGGUGGUAA